AUGAAGUUCCUUGCCAGUCUCGCCCUGGUACUGCCGCUGGCCUCCGCCGCGGCCAUCACCCCUCUGGAGAAGAAGAUCACGUACGACGGCUUCAAGGCCUUCCGGAUCGCCACGCACAACGACCCGGCCUCGAUCAAGAAGAAGAUUGCCAACAUCGCGGCGAUCCCCUUCAACCUCGACAACAGCGAGCACCUGGACGUCGCCGUCCCUGCCGAAGACGUCGCAAAGUUCGAGAAGCUUGGCCUCGAGUCGUCGGUCCUGCACGAGGACCUCGGUGCCGACAUCGCCGAGGAGGGCACUUUUGCUCCCUACGAGAGCAAUGGCGAUGCCAGCGUUCAGGCUCUUCCUAGUCUGACAUGGUUUAACUCGUACCACACCUUUGCCGACCAUCAGCAGUUCAUCCGUGACCUUCAGUCCAACUUCCCGUCCAACUCGGAGCUUAUCAACGCUGGCAACUCUUAUGGCGGACGCUCGCUCCUCGGCAUCCACCUCUGGGGUAGCGGCGGCAAGGGCUCCAAGCCCGCCAUCUACUGGCACGGUACCGUUGUUGAGUACCUCACGUAUCAACUCAUUGAUGGCUACCAGAAGAACGACGCUGCCGUCAAGGCUAUCCUUGACAAGUAUGACUUCUACAUUCUGCCCAUCGUCAACCCCGAUGGCUUCGCCUACACCCAGACCAACGACCGUCUCUGGCGUAAGAACCGCCAGCCGCGAUCGGGCAGCACCUGCAUCGGUACCGAUAUCAACAGAAACUGGCCCUUCAACUGGCAACUCCCCGGCGGCGCCUCCACCAACUACUGCUCCGAAACCUACAAGGGCCAGGCGGCCGGCGACACUCCUGAGAUGGUCGCCCUGAAGUCCUACACCGACAGGCUCGCCGCAAGCCAGGGGAUCAAGCUUUACAUAGACUGGCACAGCUACGGCCAGUACAUCCUGCUGCCCUACGGCUACGACUGCUCCGCCCGGGCCAGCAACCACGCCCGCCAGAUGACGCUGGCCACUAACACGGCAAACACCAUCGCCCGGUCCUACGGCACCCGCUUCACAUACGGCCCCAGCUGCUCCACCCUCUACGCCACCACUGGGAGCGCCCCUGAUUACCUCACCGGCGCUGCCGGCGCCGAGGUGGCCUGGACUAUCGAGCUGCGGCCUUCUGGCGCUGGCGGCGGCGGUUUCGUCCUGCCCGCAGCUCAAAUCCUGCCCAGUGCCAUUGAGCAGUGGAACGGGAUGAAGUACCUCCUCGCCAACGUUUGA